CAAAGAAAUCAGGAAUGGCAUCUAUAAGUACAAUUUUGCCUUUCAUGUAUGUCUUUUUUUUUCUUUUCUCUCUAAGCAGGGGGAAACUUCAUAAUGACCCGAUUAAACACUUUCAAGGUUGUCACAAGGGUGACAAAGUUCAAGGCCUCCAUGAAAUUAAGCUAUAUCUUGCCCAAUUUGGUUACCUAAACUACCAACAUAGCCCGAACCAUACCAAUGCAGAUGAAUUUGAUGAAGAACUUGACGCCGCUCUCAAAAGUUACCAAAACUUUUACCAUCUCAAUGCCACCGGGGUGCUGGAUGGAACCACUAUAUCACAAAUGCUUAUACCUCGAUGUGGACAACCCGAUAAGAUAACUCACCAACACGGGACUAAAACGUUGCAUAUCGUGUCUCAUUAUUCAUUUUUCCCAAAUAACCCCAAAUGGCCCACAAGUAAAUCACAUCUCACCUAUGCAUUCGACUCCAACUAUCCAAGGCGAUAUGUACCUCCUGUUGUUCGUGCCUUCAACAAAUGGACUACUUCUACUAACUACUUCACGUUUUCUCGAGUCAAUAAUUUUGAAAGUGCAGAUUUAAAGAUUGGAUUUGAAAACCCGGAACAUGGAGAUGGCAGCGACUUUGAGCCAAGCAUAUUGGCCCAUGCUUAUGCGCCAACAGAUGGAAGGUUUCAUUACAAUGCAAAUACUAGUUGGUCAGUCGGACCAGGACCAGUUCCUAACGUUAACGAUUUAGAGACUGUAGCUCUUCAUGAAAUAGGACAUCUACUUGGGUUGCAUCACAGUGAAGAUGAAAACGCGGUAAUGUGGAGUAUUAUCCCUACAGGAACUGUCAAAAGUUUGAAUGCAGAUGAUAUCCAAGGAAUCAGAGUGUUGUAUGGCCUUAAUUAGUUGCGGUGAACACAUUUUUACUGAUAAAUCAUUUUGUUUGUAUGACUUCUUUUUUUUUUUAUUUUAUAGAAAAUAAUAC